UCAGUUUUGUGUCAGUCUGAUCUUCACAAGUCACAAUGAGCAGGUUGCUGUGGCUUGUGUGUCUCUAUCUUUUAUUUGUGAUUGGUGGAUGGAGCAGUGAGGUGAAGAGUGAAGACGACUUUAUGCUUCUUGCUGGCCCUCUGACCGACAAGCAGAUAAGAGCAUCCAGUGGUGAGGAAAAGGUUGUAUUUGACUGCAGUCAUCCCAUACCAGCUGUUUCUAAACAAUAUUUUGAGUACCUCAAGACCAGAGGAGUGACACACUUCAAAGUUCCUCUCUCAUGGACCAAACUUUUGCCAAAUGGCCUUGCAAGCAAGCCUCAACAGGCUGUGGUAAGAUGUUACCAGACCCUGCUAAAGCAACUACUGGAGGAAGACCUGCAACCCGUCGUCAUUCUUCAUGGAUCAUCAGUUCCAGAUUCUUUGAGGUCCAGGUAUGGAGGUUGGGAAAGUCAGAAGCUGUUACAGAUGUUUCAGCACUAUGCAGAGUUUGCCUUGAAAGAGUUUGGUCCACUGGCCCAUUCAUGGGUGACAGUUAGUGACCUGGAGGAGGUAUUUUUUGAAGGCCAGUCUGCAGAUGAUCAUAGUCUUCUGCAAAACUUCAUUCAGCUCAACAAGAAGAUUCACCAGUUUUACCAUCAGAACUUCCCUGAUAAGAAGAACCGCGUGUCCUUUGGGUUGAAAGCAAGAAAUGUGGAUCAAAUUUCACAUCUUGGAGCUUUAACAGCUGUGGAUUUCUUGUCAGUGAACUUGGAAUAUAACUGUGCCUCCUCAGAAACCUUUGGACAACAGCUGAGAAACUUGCAGAUAUCCAGUGGGAAUUUGCCAAUCUUACUCUAUAAACUGACAGUUCAUGACUGCAUCUUGAGUGAACACCAGCUUCUUGGGGAUUUUUUACAAGUUUUAUCUAGCAAUAGCGUGGAUUUUGUUGGAUUGGACACGAAUGAAGUGUUAAACAAGCUUGACAUACAAGAUGUUCCAGUUAGCAGGUCCAGUUUGGGAACAUUUGGGAACAACACUCGUGAUGAUAAAGGUCUGUUGCCCACUAAAGCAUUUCCUCCAGACUUUCAAUGGGCCACAUCAUCAGAAUCUUUCAAAGUUGAAGGAGGCUGGUUAGAAGGGGGGAAAGGAGAGACCAUCUGGGAUCGUUUUGGUCAUGAAGGCCAAGCAUAUGAAAAUCAGACUGCUGACCUCGCUUGUGACAGUUACAACAAGGUCGAUAUAGAUGUCUUCCUCCUGCGAGGCCUUGGAGUCAACACCUACCAAUUUUCUAUAUCAUGGGCCCGUGUUUUUCCCUCUGGUUAUAGAGCCAGCGAGUCAAAUGAAGGGGUUCUCUACUAUAACAAUUUGAUCAACGCUCUUGUGGAGUCUGGCAUUCGGCCUGUUGCCACUCUCUACCAUUGGGAUCUUCCUCAAGCUAUGCAAGACAAGGGAGGAUGGACCACAGAUUCCAUUGUUGAAGCUUUUAAGGACUAUGCUGACUUCUGCUUCAGCCGAUUUGGAGACAGGGUCAAGGACUGGAACACAUUCAGCAGCCCCUGGGUGGUCAGCCAUGCAGGGUAUGGCACUGGUGAGCAUGCUCCUGGAGUUAAAGACUAUGUUAAUGCCUCUUAUCAGGUUACUCAUAAUAUACUAAAAUCCCAUGCAGAAGCCUGGCAUGUCUACAAUGACAAAUACAGAGGAACACAGGGAGGGAAAGUGGGCAAUGCAUUAAACUCAGACUGGGCUAGACCAGGUGACCCCACAAAACCUGAAGACGUGGCAGCUGCAGAGCGCUACCUUGAGUUUAUGCUAGGCUGGUUUGCCCAUCCCAUAUUCAUAGAUGGGGAUUAUUCUCAAGUUCUUAAAACUCAGAUUGAAAAGAAAAGAAGUGAGUGUGCUGGAUCUGUGCCAGCAGUACUUCCAACUUUUACUGCUGAAGAGAAGGCGAGGAUAAAGGGAACCUCUGACUUUUUCGGUUUAAACCACUACACUUCACGUUUGGUUAACAGCAGCGUAGGUGGAUGCGUCCCUGGUCCUCAGGGAGUUGGAGACUUCCAGGCAUACGUAGACCCCUCAUGGCCCACUACAGCAUCUGACUGGAUCGUCUCAUUGCCAUCAGGAUUACGAUCACUUUUAACAUACAUUAAAAAUCAAUAUCUGACAUCUCAUAAUGUGCCCAUUUACAUAACUGGGAAUGGCAUGCCAACAGAAUACAGUGGAGACCCCCUCAAUGACACCAGUAGAAUAGAGUACUUGAGUGGUUACAUCAAUGAAGCCCUAAAAGCAAUUACAGAAGAUGGAGUGGAUGUACAGCGAUUCACAGUGCAAUCGCUCAUGGAUGGAUUUGAGGGAAAACAAGGGUACAGUGAAAGAUUUGGACUUCUCCAUGUUAACUUUGAAGAUAGUUACAGGCCGAGAUCACCAAAACAAUCAGCAUACUUCUAUGCUCAGAUCAUUGAACAAAAUGGUUUUGUUGCACGUGAACAACCUAAUUUUGAAGGCUUGAAAAUACCACAAGCCUACCGUUCUACUCCACUGCCUCCUUCAGAAGUUCCAUCGACAUCAAAGAUUGUCUGGGAAAAAUUUACACCACAGAAAAAAAUUGAUAGACAAAUGUAUCACUAUGGCACUUUCCCAGAAAACUUUUACUGGGGUGUUUCAUCUUCUGCAUACCAAAUUGAGGGUGGAUGGAAUGUUGAUGGCAAAGGCCCUAGUGUAUGGGAUACAUUUACUCAAAAGCCAGGUAGUGGUAUUCCUGACAAUGCAAAUGGUAACAAAGCAUGUGACAGUUAUGACAGACUUGAUGAAGACCUAUACAUGCUGCGAGCUAUGAAUGUAAAAUCAUACAGACUUUCUUUGUCAUGGUCCAGAAUCUUUCCCAAUGGUAGGCGUGCAUCCGUGAACCAGAAGGGUGUUGACUAUUAUAACAGACUUAUUGAUGGCCUCUUGGCUCUUAAAAUCACCCCAAUGGUCACAAUUUAUCACUGGGACCUCCCACAAGCUUUACAAGAUGAGGGUGGAUGGGAGAACGAGGAGAUGAUUAAUAUCUUUAAUGAUUAUUGUGACUUUUGCUUCACCACCUUUGGUGAUAGAGUGAAAUUCUGGAUGACAAUGAAUGAUCCUCAAGGGAUUGCAUGGCUAGGAUAUGGUUCUGGAAAAAUCCCCCCAAACAUUGUGAAGCCAGGAACAGCACCAUACCAAGUUGCACACAACCUGAUAAAAGCUCAUGCCACAGCAUACCACACAUACGAUGAAAAACACCGUUCUUCACAAAAGGGAGUAGUAUCAAUUGCCCUCAAUGCAGAAUGGGUUGAACCUAAAGAUAUCAAUGUCCCUCGUGAAAUUGCUGCUGCUGACCGGGCAAUGCAGUUCCAGUUGGGCUGGUUUGCCCACCCAAUUUUCAAAAAUGGUGACUAUCCAGAAGCCAUGAAAGCUCAAGUUUUAGUGAAAAGCGAACUCCAGGGUCUGUCAGAGUCAAGACUUCCUUUUUUCACAGAGGAGGAGAAGAACUUUAUUAAAGGAACUGCAGACAUGUUUUGUGUUAAUCACUACACUACCAGAAUAGUUACCCAUAUUACAGGUCCAAUUACCCCAGACUCCUAUGAAAAUGACUGGGACUUUACAAAAGAAGAGGUAAAAGAUUCAAAACCUACAGACAUAAAAAACCAAAGAGCUGUAUCUUGGGGUUUAAGAAGAGUCCUCAACUGGAUCAAAGAAGAGUAUGGAAACCCAGAGAUAUACAUAACUGAGAAUGGUGUUGCUACAAAGUCAAAAACUGCAUGGAAUGAUUAUGAUAGAGUGUAUUUUUACAAGACAUAUAUCAACGAGGCUUUUAAAGCCAAUGAACUUGAUGGAGUAAGGGUAAAAGGCUACACAGCAGCCUCCCUCAUGGACUCUUUUGAGUGGUUAAAUGGCAAUACAGUUGGUUUUGGGCUCUACCAUGUGGACUUCACUAAUGAAAAUAGACCAAGAACACCCAAGUUUUCAGCUCAUUUCUACUUCCAAGUCAUGAAAAACAAUGGUUUCACCAUGCCAGAUGAUGAGAAAAUGUUGUUCGGAGAAUUCCCCCAACCCUUUCUCUGGAGUACUGCGACUGCGUCUUACCAGAUUGAGGGGGGUUGGAGAGCUGAUGGAAAAGGACUCAGUAUUUGGGAUAAGUUUGCCCACACUCCUCUCAGAGUUUUUGAUGAUGACAAUGGAGACAUCGCAUGUGACAGUUACAAUAAAAUAGAUGAAGACAUUACAAUACUGAAGCAACUUAGGGUAAACCAUUAUCGGUUCUCCAUUUCUUGGGCACGGAUACUUCCUGAUGGCACUACAAAUUAUAUUAAUGAGGCUGGAUUUAGCUACUAUGACAGACUGGUGAAUGCACUACUUAAUGCAAACAUCAAACCUCAUAUUACUUUGUACCACUGGGAUCUUCCACAAGCCCUGCAGAACGCUGGAGGCUGGGAAAAUGAUACAAUUGUUGAAAGAUUUAGGGAUUAUGCUGACAUUAUCUUCAGUCGUCUUGGUGACAGGGUGAAACUUUGGAUUACCAUCAAUGAGCCAUAUAAUAUAGCAAUGGUUGGCCAUGGAUAUGGAGUAGCUGCCCCAGGUAUUAGUUUCCGUCCUGGUACUCUUCCUUACAUUGUUGGUCACAAUCUUAUCAAAGCUCAUGCCGAAGUGUGGCAUCUAUACAAUGACAAAUAUCGGGCUACACAAAAUGGAAAGAUAUCCAUUACUAUUAACUCUGACUGGUCAGAGCCAAGGAACCCCUAUAAACAAGAGGAUAUUGAUGCUGCAAGGCGUGUAAUACAGUUCUAUAUUGGCUGGUUUGCCCAUCCCAUAUUUAAUGGUGACUACAGUGAAAUGAUGAAGACAAUCAUUCGGGAACGCAGUCUUGCUGCUGGCUUGGCUAAAUCACGGUUGCCUGAGUUUACACCAGAAGAAAUAAAGAGAAUUAAGGGGACACAUGACUAUUUUGGAUUUAACCAUUACACCACUGUCAUGGCAUUCCCUGUAGAGUAUGGAAACCUUCAACAUUAUGAUGCAGACAGGGGUGCAGGCACACUUUCUGAUCAUAGUUGGCUAGACUCUGGUUCUGGCUGGCUGAAGGUCACACCAUUUGGAAUGCGCAGAAUAUUGAAUUUUAUUAAGGAGGAAUACGGAAAUCCUACCAUUAUUAUCACUGAGAAUGGUGUCUCAGAAAAGGGGGAGGUGGAUCUUAAAGAUUCUCACAGGAGUUACUUCUAUGACAAAUAUAUCAACCAAGUAUUGAAAGCUUAUCUACUUGAUAAGGUGGACAUUCGGGGCUACACAGCUUGGUCACUCAUGGAUAACCUGGAAUGGGCCACUGGCUUCUCAGAGAGAUUUGGACUUUUUUAUGUAAAUCGUUCUGAUCCCAAUCUGCCUCGAGUGGCAAAAGAAUCUGUGUCUUCCUACGCCACCAUAAUUAACUGCAACGGGUUUCCCGACCCUGCAUUAGGACCUCAUGACUGUCUGAAGCCUGGACAAGAAGCAACAAGUGCUCCAUUAAAUGACAGUUCUGUGAACUUCCUGGGCAUGAAGCUCUCUGCUGAUGAAGCUGAAACUGGACUUAAUGCUACAUUUGCUUUGCUCAUCAUUCUAUCAAUAGGGGCCAUUUGUUUGACCAUUGGCUUCUUUUUGACCAAAAGAAGUUUAAAAAAAAAGAAUGUUGACAAUAUAGAGUUGGAGAGGAAAUUCUAACCAUAACCACACUUGCAUACAGAAAUGUAAACACUUAACUUUAUGUUUAAAAACUGUUCUCUUAAUUUUCAUUGAUAGUUGUUGGAUUUUGCUUGGAAUAAUUUAAUAAUUGGCUUUUUUACAACAUUAAUAAACUCAUAUCCAAUGUUUAUCUUGUGAACAUACAAUUUGAGAGUAUCAUCUUAUCCUGAAAAAUGUAAAUACUUGUCUAUUUGAUUAAAUGUAAUUUGAAAUGUGUCAAAUUUGAAAUGUAAUUUGAAAUGUCUAAAAGCUAUUUUAGUGGGCCCGUUUUCACUGAUGGUUGUUGGCUUUUUUGGGGACCAAUCUGUUUAUUAAAUAGCUUUUUUACAAGAGUAAUAAACUGAUAUUAAAUGUUCAUCUUGUAAACAUAAUGUCUGACAGCAUUAAUGUAUCAACAAUUUACACUUACAUUUUUUAAGUAAUAAAUCUUUUAUUAAAUGCCAUUAGUAAUCUUUCACUUUACACUCCAAUGAAUGUAUUGAUAUAUUUUAAAUGUAUAACUGAUGUAAUGUUUACAUCUGCUUCUUAUUAACAUUUACCACCUGGCUGGUAUUUUUUAAAGCACCAUUAUCACAAAUAUCUGGAUUGACAUGUCAGGCCUAAAGCAGGUUUUCUUUGUUUUCAGAUGCUCAACUCUUCCAAUUUUUGGCAUCUCAAAGUUUCCUGUAAACUCAGAGAGAAAUAUUGCAAUUGUUCCAGCAAUUUGGUUCAAUACUUAGCCUGCAGGUCCACCUAGCCUUUAAUUGGUGUGCAGAUUCAGGUUCCUGUGGCCUGCAUGGCCUUGAUUCGUGGGGUCUUUUUGAUUUGCCUGGCAUCACAUGUUCUUGAAGGAUUGUCUUGGAAGUGAAAAGAUAUAUCUGGGAGAGAAGAAUGUUUUGGAGAGGAGAGCCUAAGAGCAGAGCAAAACUGCAUCCUCCUGCACUUAUGAUCGCAGUUAAUAAUUUAUAUAUUGAUUGUGGCCCAAUAGCUGCAGACUUGAGGUGAUUUCAAUGGUUUCUAAAGUGUAAUCCACCUGUAUUAGCUUUAGCAGCAAAUUCAGCACUGUUAAAAUUUGACUUAACUAAAGUUACUGUAAAUUUAGAUGACUAAGAUAUAGAGCCAUGGAGCAAUCCAUUUUAGCUCUUCUUAAGUCUUUAAGGAAAAGCAUUUAUGUAUAUUAAAGUGAAAUUUGAAAUGAACUUUAUGACACUGAGCUUUUUCUGUAAUGUUUCCACCUGCUUUGAACCCUGCCAUCUAUGGAGGACAACCCUACGGUUUGCUGCUCUAUAGACUACCAUUUGUUCUUUGCAACAUUAAAAGCAAA